AGGAGGACGAGGACAAGGAGGGGGGAGGACGGAGGCCCGAGGACCAGGAUCCCUCCUUCGGGCGAGUCCGCCUGGUCGGGUUCGCUACACGCGUUCAGGGGCGGCCAGCUACCCCACGAGCCCCUCGCAUUCGCCGAUGGCUGCUGCUGGAGGGAGCCACGUGGUCCUGCUCAGGAGCGACGGCACGGCCGUGGCGUGCGGCGACAACGACUUCGGCCAGUGCGACCUGCCGCCGCUGCGCGACGGCCUGACGUACGUCCAGGUCGCCGCCGGAGAUUUCCACACUGUCUUGCUCGUGAGCGACGGCUCGGCCACAGCGUGCGGCCACAACGGCAACGGUCGGUGCGACUUGCCGGCGCUUGUCGGCGGUCUGGCCUACUCGCAGGUCGCCGCAGGAGGAGGCCACACCGUUCUGCUUAGGAGUGACGGCGCGGCCAGGGCCUGUGGAUACAACGGUACGGGCCAGUGCGACCUGCCCUCGCUGGACGAAGGCCUGUCGUACAUGCAGGUCGCCGCAGGAGGCUUCCACACGGUCCUGCUCAGGAGCGACGGCGCAGUUGCAGCUUGUGGCCGCAAUGCCGACAGCCAAUGUUACGUACCGGAUCUGCCUGGAGGUGUGACCUACGCGCAAGUCGUCGCAGGCGACGACCACACAGUCCUGCUCAGGAGCGACGGCACGGCCGUGGCCCGGGGCGACAAUAGUUGCGGUCAGUGUCGCAUGCCCCCACUGAAACGAGGUAUGACUUACACGCAGGUAGCCGCGGGAGGCAGCCACACAGUUUUGCUCAGGAGCGAUGGCACAGCAGUGGCUUGUGGCGAGAACGCUGAUGGCCAGUGCGACUUGCCAGCGCUGGCUGUGGAUCUGAGCUAUACGCAGGUUGGCGCGGGAUCGAAUCACACGGCUCUCCUCAGCAGCGAUGGCGCUGCCGUGGCUUGCGGCUACAACGGUCGUGGCGCGUGCGACCUGCCAUCACUGGUUGGAGGUCUGACGUACACCGUGCCUUUGUUGCCGACGCUGCUCCUGCAGGCACUGUUCGACGGCAGCACGAUACGCUUCGUGACCUUCGGCGGGGUGGAGCGCUGCAGAGUCGGACUAGCGCCAGGCGCUUUGCUCACAGAUGUGUACGAGCACCUGGUGGUCGAGCACCGCGCGGGCAGGCUGGGCCCUGGCCUAUCCCGGGUCGACGCAGUCCUGCCAGCGGGACGGCUCCUGAGCAAGGCUUCUGCCGACGAGACCGUCGCGGGCGCAUUCGGGCUCAGCCUGCGCAGCUAGAGCACCCCCUCCUCCUCCCUCCCUCUUCGCCGGUCGUACAAUCGCGCGAUUCAGAGCCCCGUGCGUUUAAUGAGAACGGGGCGUUCGACUCGGCGCCCUGCGCUGCGCGCGCAGCACUUCCAAUAGUUCGAAGAAUGACCCAGAGGAUUCUACAGAGCACCCCCGUCUGAGAACUCGUGGCCGCUUGUUGCGCAUCCUCGCUGUUGCUGCUAACGGCCGCGGAAGCGACCGCUUCGGACAACCUGCAGUCGAAACCCAGCACGAAUCAACGAUUCGACGAUAGUGCAUCACACCCUCCCGUCCCAAGUGUCCUCCGCAUUGUCCCCCGACCACUGACAAGCCGUCCUUCUCACUGCACGAGGCGCCACCU